UAGGAGGACGCAUUAUUCUCUGGGCAAAGGGACGAAAAGGGCACGGCUUAAAGCGAUAGAAACCCGCAGCUUGGACUGUGCAAUCACAGUAACAUACUCCUAACCAAGCAUUCAUUACAUUUGCACUGCGGAAAACAAAACUGACCACGAACUUGAACCAGACUUUGGACCGAGUACAGACUUGGGACUUCAAUCAACAAGGAAGUUGUACUGCAACGUUUGUAGGCGCUGGGAGUGCAAUUAUUUCGGGAACGCGGCAUUGUACUUGUGAGGGCUUUGCAUUCACGAUGGCCACCUACCAGCACCCCGAGGAUGACACUAUGGUCCUGAUGACUGACAACAUCUCCACGUCCAGCUCCAAAGAGCGGGUCAAGAGCGAGUCAUCUCCGGACAAGACUGCGGAGAAACCCGACCCAACGCAGAAACCGCCUUAUUCUUAUGUGGCCCUCAUUGCUAUGGCUAUCCGAGAGAGCCCCGAGAAACGGCUGACUCUAUCCGGCAUCUAUCAGUACAUCAUCACCAAGUUCCCAUUCUACGAGAAGAAUAAGAAAGGCUGGCAAAAUAGCAUCCGACACAACCUGAGCCUGAACGAGUGCUUCAUCAAAGUGCCCAGGGAAGGUGGCGGGGAGAGGAAGGGGAAUUACUGGACUCUAGACCCGGCUUGUGAAGAUAUGUUUGAAAAGGGCAACUACAGAAGGAGGAGAAGGAUGAAGCGUCCUUUCCGACCACCUCCCACCCAUUUCCAACACAGCAAGACGGCUUUAUUCGCCAGUGACAGCUACGGCUACAUCGGCCCCCCCAAGUACUUGCAAUCGAGUUUCAUGAACAAUUCCUGGCCUCUAGGACAGCCGCCUGCGCCAAUGUCUUACGCCUCUUGCCAAAUGGCCACUGGCAACGUGGGCUCUGUUAAUGUGAAGGGACUCUCGGGUCACGCGUCCUACAACCCUUAUUCGCGAGUGCAGAGCAUGGCCCUGCCCAGCAUGGUGAACUCCUACAACGGCAUGAGCCACCAUCACCAUCCCCAUCCCCAGCAACUCAGCCCUGCUCCCCCGCCUUCCUCCAGCAAUGGGGCUGGCCUGCAGUUCCCCUGCGCCAGGCAGCCUGCAGACCUCUCCAUGAUGCACUGUUCCUACUGGGACCACGACAGUAAACACAGCGCAUUGCACACAAGGAUAGACAUUUAAAGCAAGCACCAGCAAGCUAUCACUAAAUCAUUGUUUUGUCCCCAAAUCCUUCUCUUUAAACUGUGCCAAAAAUAACAGUGGUGAACGCCACGAGGUAGUGUAAGUGUUUUGAACUUUUAUCCUUACAACACUAGAAAAAAAUGAGAUACCCAGCUGGGGAAUGAACUAUCGUUUUAUGUAUGUUAACUAUUUGUUAUCUAUAAGAACAUUUGUAGAUUUAUCGUUAUUUUUUAAAAAAUAUGUCUGACCAAGCCCUGUCCAAAUAAUAUUACGUCUUUUGAUGAUGAAUUUGUCCCCCGUCGUCUUAAUUAUUUUUAUAAUGUGAUGCUGUCAGAAAUCAGGUGGAUUUGCAGCUUGACGAAAUUAUUCCACUUCGAAUUAUUGCCACAAAUUUAAGCAAGCUUUUAGCCCGUGUUUUGUUUUUGAAUAAUGUUAAAGCUCUUGUAACAGAUCUGCAUGUUGGUAGCUACGCUCGUUCUGCAGUUUGGGACCAAUUCAAAUGUAUAGCACUUUCCUACUUGUACUUUUCUAGAUUUGUAUUCUUUAAUAAACACCCCUAUUUU